AUGAGUCCAACCAGUCAGAUGUGGCGACGUGCACUAUUGCGUGUGCAAAUUGUGCAGCGUGCAAUCUUUCUUCGUAUGACAACAACUGAAGUAUCGUUGUGUAGUGCAAUAUUGGAGGAUUUAUUUGGUUCGAUUGUGGCUAAAGUAGGUUCUGUUUUUUUUUUAAUAUUGUCACCUGAGGGCACAUUUGGCUAUUCUGAGGACUAUUUGUUAAACGAAGCGCAUCAUCCUUUUGCUGCACUUCUUUUUUUCUUUUUAAUAAAACGUUCUUUGGUAAUAAUGGAACAGCAUGGUGUUGUGAAUUUUGCGUUGGAUAAUUUAAAUAUUGUAUAUUCUAUAAAAGUGGAAAAUGUUUUUCGUUUAGCGAGAACAGCUCGUUGUCUUCUUAUAACGAAAACACUUUUUGGUGAAAUCGCUGAAGCAAUUUGUGAUGAAAUCGUUAGCAAAGGGCGUUUAUCGUGUUCGCAAUGUUUACAGCAAGUUUUAACGCAGAAAGUUGAUGUAAGUGCUGGUGAUAGGAAAAUUCUUUGGCGAUUAAAUUAUGCAAGAUAUGAACGAUAUAUGCGUGAUGAAAUGGUGAUUGAUCUGUACCGGACAAAUGAUUUGCUUGAUCAACAUUGCUUAAAAACAGUUCAUGCUUUAAUAAAAGUUGGCGAACAACGCAUUUCUCAUACUCAUUUAUCAUCAUUUGCGAUUCAUGAAAUAGUUCGAUCUCCAGCUGCAAAAGAAAUGAAGCUUAGUUUGAAUCAGAUUGAGACUACUUUAAAAUUGCUCAGUACUGAUAGACAUAAUGUGAUAAGGAAAAUGGGCGAUAGUUCUGGUGGCUUAUAUGCUAUUGAUUACGAAAAAGCGUUAACCAUACAAUGCAUACAACGUAUACAGUCAGCGAUAAGAGAAAAACUAGGCAAAAAUUCAGUUCGAAUCUUCAACUUGUUGUUUCAAAAAGGAUAUCUUAGUGAAGACCAAAUCGAGAAAAUGGCAAUGUUAACAACGAAAGAAGCACGAUCGUGUUGUUAUGAUUUGAUGCGUUUCAAAUUUAUUUUAAAGCGGCACAUGGCGAGAGGAAAUGAUUUCUCCAAUUCUCGUGCAAUUUAUCUUUAUCAUGUUGAUCUUCCCGAUGUUGUGCAUUUAUUAACACUUAUCGACCGACAUUUAAAAAUGGAAACUAUUAUAUCAAAUAUUGAGUCAGAUCCAAAUCUGGAUGCGGAAACAAAGGAAACACAGGUUGCCGAAGUACAAGAAGUAUUUAUAACAUCGGCAGAUCGUAAUAAACUAGCAAAAUAUCAUAGUAGACAAAAUGGUUUUUAUGCCGCUGAAGUUAAAUUAGAGAAAGAUAUGUUAUUAUUUUCACAAUUUCUGAAACUUUCUCAUAAAAAACGUUAA